AACUCACGACGAGGUCACAAGGUGUCUUUCUUUCUGAGUUCUAUGCCGUGGAACAUCCUAGUGAGCCUAACUAUAUUGCACAAAUUGCUGGCUCAACUUACGGAAUUUUGGAUGACGGAAAUUAUGACAUUGAUGCUACUACUCUGGUGGACCUCCUUGAAAGUAAAAAUGUUUCAUGGAAGGGUUACAUGGAAAACUUUCCCGAAAAUUGUUUCUUGAACGCAACUGAUGGUGCUUCCAGAUUAUAUGCGAGAAAACAUAAUCCUUUUUAUUCUUUUACAACGAUUACUAAUAACCCUACCCGUUGUGCAAAAGUAGUUAAUGGUAGUCGACUUGAAGAUGAUAUUGCGAAUAAUCAAGUACCACAAGUGUCGGAGUUCCAUGAAUUAUUUCCUUGA